AUGACAAUGGUUACCCCCACUGCUGCGGUGCAAGCACCAGUGCCACGUGUCUCCAAGGUGGAGUAUUACCCUCCUCCUCUCCCAGGUUUUUCUGUCCUCGCUCCUCCACCUGAUUUUGAGUGCCCGAAGAGCUCGCCCCUGGACGUACCUCCUGUUGCUGUUGCCAUGCCUGGUGCCUGUGGAAGUGCUGCUGCUCCUUCAGGUCCUCCUUCCCAGUAUUCAAACUUCAGAGGUCACCGUCACAAAUCAAAAUGUACUCAGUCAGAACGAUUAACGGCAAGGGAUGAUGAGCCCUCAAAUGUUUUGUGUUCAGAAAGUUUAGCUGAGACAGUGGAGAAACUCCGAGAAAGUGAUUUAAAAGAAAUUCGUCACUUUUUAACUCCUCAAACAGUGAAACACAUAGCUUUGUAUGGUCCAGAGCUCUUAUUUUCACAGUUAUCUUCAGUACACCCCAGACAAUAUCAGACUUCACCUUUAUCAUUUUUUAAAGAUUUUAUCCCUCAUCGUGGCUUUAAAACAAAACAGUCUUUAGAACGUGAAUCUGUGAGACAAGCAACUGUAGCCAACAGGUUGAAGGAUGGAUUAAAAUCGAAACAGAGGACGAUAUCGAGUAGAACUCUACAACAAGAAACUGAAAACAACCCAAAAUUGAAAAGUGAGUUUAAAGUUGUUGAAGAGGCCAAGCAAGAACUGCAAGAAAUAGUAGAGUUUUUAAGAAAUCCUGAGAAGUUCACAUCCCUUGGAGCAGAGCUUCCCAAAGGUGUUCUGUUGGUUGGUCCUCCAGGAACUGGCAAGACACUACUUGCCCGUGCUGUUGCAGGAGAAGCUGGUGUGCCUUUCUUUCAUGCAGCUGGGCCAGAGUUUGAUGAGAUUCUUGUUGGUCAGGGUGCACGAAGGGUUCGAGAUCUGUUUCGUGCAGCAAAAAUGCGAGCCCCAUGUGUGAUAUUCAUUGAUGAAAUUGACUCAGUUGGUGCCAAACGAUCUAACUCGGUACUCCAUCCUUAUGCCAAUCAGACAAUCAAUCAGCUUUUAGCUGAAAUGGAUGGGUUUCACAAAAAUGAGGGUGUUAUAGUUCUAGGAGCCACAAACAGAAGGGAUGAUCUAGAUAAGGCUCUUCUCCGUCCAGGAAGGUUUGAUGUAGAGGUCCAGGUCCCUAUACCUGACUUGGCGGGACGUGAAGAAAUAUUUGAAUACUACCUUGGAAAAGUGAAAAUUGGCGAUGAUGUUGAUCGGAAGGUAUUGUCAAGAGGCACAACUGGCUUUACUGGUAAGGAGUUUUGUGAGUAAUAAGCUGUAGGUAAA